CCUCUGAAGAUUUUUUUAAGGUUAGAAGUAAAUAACUAUAUCAUCCUGGAAAGAGUAAGGGCUACUAGAGUUGUGCGCGUGGAUUUUGACAGUGCUCUCUUCCCUUAUAAUGUCAGGUAAGUCCUAACAUUUCACUAGGCCACAGAGAUGCCGGAAAAGGUAAAUAGCAGAUCAACAUAUCACUCAUCAAUCGACAGUUAUUGUUCCAUAGUCAGAAGCAAUCUGCCGGAAAUACAGUUUACAUUUAAUUUUUUCUUAUUCCUUCUUUUCCUCUUGGCGAUGACCGUAAAUUGCACCGUGCACAUUGUUGCUUCACUUUUCACGUUGUUGAUUGUUCAAAAACUUAUUUGUACCACGGUAAUUUAAAACAUUGCUUCCUAAAUGGAAUUAAUAUUAUAGUUUACCUUGUACUAGAUGCCAGUGGUAGAAAACCUCCUCUUUGGUGUUCAGUAGGCAAUUUACGAGCAAAAGGCCAAAAAUAAAAACAAAAAACAAAAACAAAACUUAUGAAAAAGACAAAUCACAUUCGAUUGCUCGGUAGCCAUACCAUUGACCACACUGUUGUAUUGGUGAGCCAAGUCUUGAAAGCUUUAGUAGAACACAGCGACGUUUCAGAAUGACGAGAUUUUGAACUGUCUGUUAGGUCGAAAUUUUACAGCAGGAAACUUGGCAGAACGCAAAGAGGAAGAAUUUAUCGAAGGAAUUUGUACAACGGAAACUGUGACAAAUCAACGAACAGGGAUCUUUCUUUACGUAGUCAACAACAAGUAUUUUUUUUACUUCAGCAAGUGAUGUAUGUAAAGAAAUUAUUGGACAAUGUGAAUAAGCUUCAAUCAGGAAUAGUUUUUAUUUAAAGUUUGAAUUAUUGAAUUCCGUAUCCUAUAUCUGGUUAUUUUUUACCAAAUUGUGAAACCGUAUCAAAUUUGAGGCAAAUUAUUGUGCAAAAGUGAAUCAUUGUAUGAAGUCCUGGUACUUUAUGAGACCCAUUUUUCUUGUCCACAUAUUGGGAUCAAGUUCUAAAUCAGGUGAAUUUAACUUGGUGUUAAAAUUUCAAGCAGCAGCUUUCAUUGUUCUCUAAGAAAUUUUUCUGAUGCAGUUUUCAGUAGUUAUGAGAGCAUGUAGUAACCAAUGAUUUCAACAAGAUGUGGUGAAUUUAAAAACUUCCCACUGUUUUUGUAGUAAAGUACCACUUUACAAGAUGAAAUGUCACUUAUUUCUUGUAAUCGCACCACUGGGUUUUUACUAUAGGAAACUGGUUAAAAUCAGUUUACUCACUUUACUUUUAUAUUGAGGUUGGUGUAGAAGCUAUUUGUCAAAAUUUCAAAUUGGAGACCUUUUAGUAAAAAAUCAGAAAUAGCAGUGGUAGAACUUCACCUGUGUUGGAUUUUGAAAGCAAUAUAGUCAUAUAAAGAAGUUGGAAAAUCAUUUAAAUGAAAUGACUAUUUCAAUGGUUUUUUGUCAAGUACACAAGCAACCAUAUCAAAACAGCAUCUCUCUUUCUCUGUAGCUGCAGGUGUUAGGAACAAAAGAGACAAUAGAAUAAAGUUGGUUCUAGAGUGAAAGCUCUGAUUUCACUCUUCUAGACCAUUUACAAUAGUCACUUUCCUCUGUCUUCUCUCCUCUUUUAAAUUUGUUUGAUAACAUAUCAUACCUUUACAGAGUAAGGAAAAUAGGAAACAGUUGCAACCUUGUGUGGGUUAAAAGAGGGGUUGUUAAAGGAUGAUAUUAUCUUCUUAUCAAUUGUUAUGUUUGUGCAGCCAUGCUGUAAUCAAAGUCAGCAAUACUAAAUAAUAAUACUAAGUAAUGUCCAUUCUCCAUGAGAUCUAUUGUAACAUUAUUGUUAAUAUUUUGAUUGGUGUGAUUUAUUUGAAAGACCCUAAUUGAGGGAUUUAUCUUACAGGGUCUCAUUGAAGGUUAAAUUAGGUCUUACAUGAGACUAAGCAACCUAUUUUGAUUGAAUUUUUUUCAAAUGAAAAUUUUUUUUCAGUUUUAUUAGUGUAACAGUUUUUCAUUUUUAAGCCCAGUCUUUUAACUGCUUUAAGUCAUUUCUUGUAUUUUUCUUGGCAUGUUUUGUAACAGCACUUUUAUGUUGAUAAGGCAAUUAUUAGAAGUAUCAAUAUUUUUAUGAUAAUCAUAGCCAUCUAGAAUCAACUCUAUCCAGCCAUGAACAUAUUUAAAAAGUGAAAUUUGAUAUCUGCAUAUUACUGGUGGGAAACAAUUUGAUAACAUUGGUUCAGAUUUGCAUUUCUGUAUAGAAGUUGUGCUCUUUAUCACUUUGAGAUUUAAAAGUAUUUUUAAAAUUCUUUAGAACUUUUAAUCAGUUUAAUGAUGUUGUAGUUAUGAACCCACCUGUUUAAAACUGUUUCAAAAUUAAGUACAUGUUGUGUGUUUGUAUUACUCAUUUGUACUGUUUUUCUUUGUUGAAUUUUGCUAAAAAUAUAAUUGUCUCUUUUUCCCUUGAUUAGUUGGAAAAAUCAGAUCAUUAGUUUUGUUUGGUCCAAGUGGUUGUGGCAAGAGUACUCUUAAGAAAAAGUUGAUGAGUGAUUAUCCUGCAAAGUUUGGCUUCUCCAUAUCACGUAAGAAAUAUGUGGUUUUGACUACAGUGGGCAUCAAAAUUUUUGAAACAUGGGCUGAAACAUUUACAUAUGUUACAUUUUCAAGGAUGUAUUUAGAAAUGAAAUUCAAAUUGAAAUGCAUUUUGUACAGAACUCCUUCAUUCAAUGUUUCAAUUAAAGAACACAAAAUGCAACAUAAUGCUAGAGGAGAGAAGUUGAAAGUAGGGGUAUUUGGGUAACAUUGAUAUGCUAUUCCAGAAUAUUGUGAUUUCAGUGGUAAUGUAGUGUGACAGGUAUUUGUGAUUGGUUACUGUAUGCAAAUGAAUGUGGCUUGCCAUUGAAGUUACUAGGCAUUGAUAGGAGAGAUGGCUCACCCUUUAUUCAUUAUGGUAGGGAGACACAUAGAUCAAAAAAAAAAAUUUUAAAAAUUGGUUUCUGAAAAAAGUAAGACAAGGAAAAUCUCCCCACAAGUGAGCAUUUGUAAUAGAUUCCUUAUAUUAUAGAUACAUUGAGUUUCCAAAAGAAGCAUAUGAGCUUCUGGUUUCUAGCUAGGUUUGUUUGUUUACUUUUUCUCUCUCCCUCUUGUUAUUAAAUUUGUGAUCUUGUAUGAUGCUAUUUCUUCACUCUCUAGAAUGGUUCAAAGGUAGUCUGUUUUUCUUUCUUUGAUAGAAAAUUAUUUCUUGUGCCAUCGUUUUUCAGACACUACAAGACAUCCACGACCUGGGGAGAUAGAUGGAAAAGGUAACACAUAGCAGGAAUGGCUUGUUUCCUUUUUUUAAUUUUUUUUUUUUUUUUUGGGGGGGGGGGGUUGGGGGAGAAGAACAUUUAGUCCAACUUUUGAAUAUCUUGUCUUUCAGGAAAGUAAAAUACUUUUGUCCUCUAGUUUUUCCAUGAGUAUAAUGUGAUAAGUUUCACUGGCCAACCAAUGCACACUGCAAAAAGAACAUUUUCUUCAUGAAGUAUAAGUUUUAGUCUUGGUGACAGAUUUAAUCCUGUAUUACCAUUGCCCUUUACAGAAUACAAACAUGGGAAAUCAGAUGUGUUCUUAUUAGCUAUUACAAAUCAAAGACCUUUGGUGAGCCCCAGUACAUUUAAAUGAUGAAACUCUAUAAAGGGUCUAAGGUUUAAAGUUGGAUGGAACAAAUGCAAUCACCUUACAUUAUUGAUGUACACAACAAUGUUGAUGUGGUUUUUUUGUUUUGUUUUGUUUUGUUUUUUUUUGAAAAUUCUAUUUAUUUGAGAUUAUUACUGUGAUAAGUACAACAGAUCAGUUUUUUAACAUGUUAGGGAUAAACUAAUUAUUUUGAUAUUGUUUUAACAUCAUCCACUCUUUGACUAGGUAAGUUUUCUCUUUGCAUUUAGAUUACCACUUCACUGAUCACAAUGUGAUGCAGAAGAGUAUUAAUGCUGGUGAAUUUAUUGAGUCAGCAGUUUACAAUCAAAAUCUUUAUGGAACUAGGUAAUAUAGUGGGCAGAUUGUAACCUGCACUACAAUGUAAUUGUAAUUUUCUCUUUUGUUUGGUGUUGGAGGAAAUAAAUGAUUUGGAUGCUUUUGAGCAUAGCUUGUUGAAACUCAUAAACUAGCUUGUGAACAUAUUGCUAUAGAAGAUCAUCUCAGAUGCAGAUGUAUUUCAUAUAGCUUGCAUUUUAUUUUCUAUGGGGUGAGUUGUAAUGGGAUACCAAUAUUUAAAUUUUUUCUCCAUUUCAGGGAGUCUUAUUUCACAAUGAAACAACAUGUAUUUUUCAAUUGUAAAUACAAUUCCUUCAAAACUAUUGUGUAUCAGUUGUGGGAAAUUGCAGCAAAUGCUGUUGGAAAGUGCUCAAUACACAUGAGUGUAGAGCAAAAUACAGUUCAAAAUGACUAAAAUGAAACACGCAUGAUUCCCUGUAACUCUGAGUUUCAUGCUUAAAUCUGUCUGAUGAGUGCAUAAGCACGAAACUCAGAGUUACAGGGAAUCAUGCGUGUUUCAUUUUAGUCAUGUAUCAAUUGUGUAGGAUGACUUUGAGGCUAACAACAUAUAACCUGCUCAGAAUAGAUUAUCAACAGAAGGAACAUGUUUCAAUUGAAAUAACUGGUAACUUUACCUCUAGAUACAUGUAAACUCAGUGCAGCUUAUGUAAGUAGUUUUUCUUUUUAGUACCUCCCAGUUAUCUUUCUUCUUUGUAAAUUAAUCUACUCUAACAGGAGAAUAUCAUGUUCUCUUGACUCUAACUAAUUUUAAAAAGAAGCAAACUCACACAGGCCAUGGCAUCUUAUGGCAAGGAUGCAACACACCAUAAAUACUCAAAUUUAUUAUUGCUAUUUGUCUUGUUGAAGCAAAAAGGCAGUACAAGAUGUUUUGGAUGAAGGCAAAGUUUGCUUGCUGGACAUAGAUAUGCAGGUAUGACCAAAAGAAGAAAUAGACCAUUGUUAUGUGACAGGGCAGGAGUUUAGAAUGAGAUAAGAAAAGCUUUGAUGAGCAAGGGUCAUAUGACUUUUAAUACUGCUUGUUUGAGUAAAUAUUCUUUGUAUUCAUGUAAAUCCACCCUCCUUUUAGAUAUUCAAAUUUCAUAGAGCUUCUAGCCCUUCUCCUCCCUCUAUCUCUAAGCACAAAGUAACGGUAUUGUUGUUCCGUACAAAAUCUUUUGUAGAUUAAAGCCUUUAUCCGCAUAGGUUUUUCACACAAAGAAAUGAGUGAAUAAGCCUCUGGGGUGCAUAUUAGAUCUUUCACGGUACCUCUUUUUGUAUGCACGAUAGUUAACUGGGCUUUUUUUUCUACCAUCCUGGGAAUAACCACCAGAAGCUCUCCUCUCACCCCCUUUAUCCCUAAUUAAAGGGAAGUCUCUUAGCCCAGAGGCACAGGUGUUUUGACUUAUUACUAUGAAAAAGCCAAUCACAAUUUUAUGUAGAAAGAACAGAAUGUAUAUUUACCCUAAAAACCGAUUGAUGAACCAGAGGAAAUUGGUGAUUGGGAUGGGGGGAGGGGGGGGGGGUAAUCAGCCAAAAUGUAUUGGCACUUAAUUAGAAAUGGGCAAUGCUUAUCAUUGCAUAGGUUUCUUAAUGUGUGGAUAAGUGGAUAAUCUCUCCCGACUUGUCUUGUUGAGUCGCUUGGUACCAGGGUUGGCAUUCAAACAUAGGGCGUGUUAACAAUACACUACACAUAAAGUUCAGAUUGAUCGUCAGCUUGCUUAUUUUUUGUCUUUAUAUUUUCAGGGCGUGAUUAGUUUGAAGAGAGCAGACAUGGAUUGCUAUUAUCUCUUUGUUAAGACACCUACAUUAGAGGAACUGGUAACUUAUCUUGAGUUUGUAUUAAAUGUUUAGUACUAAUCCUGAAACAAUUUUUCGUAUGAUGAUGUCGUUAACAAUACGAGAAGAUUUAUUAUCGUUGUUGUUGUUGUUGAUGUAGGAAAGACGCCUUCGUGCUCGAGGAACAGAGACAGAAGAUUCGCUUUCAAGGAGACUAGCUACAGCGAGGAAGGAACUAGCUUAUGGUAGGACUGAAAGAAACAUGCAUGAACUAACCCUUUGUUUUGUUUCGACCCCUGAACUAAUGACCAUCUGCCGAUAACUAGUUCACUUGAGUUCAACUCGCCAAGUAUAUAAAUUGCCAGUCAGUACCUUGAUUUGAGUUUCGGGACAAGAAGCCUCCGUGUAGCCUUACCCUCUCCUCCAAGGAGAAACUGAAGCGGGGAAGGCACUGUUACACGUAGGCUACAAGGCAAGCUAUUUACAAGGCAAAAAGAUAUCCCGCCUAAAGGGAACUGCCUCGAGGAAGCAAUGUUACCUCUCAAACGUGAAACCACAGGUAGUCAAAGUUUGCACAAUGGGCCUCGGUAAAUAGGUUUCCGUUUCGUAAUGGGCGAAACAUAAGAUUUUGUAUGGGAAUGAACAUCGAAAGGUCGCAUCCUUAACCAAAAUACGGUAAAAAACCCUCACAUAAGAACCUAAAAUUUAAAAACCUGUUAAUUGCUAAAAACAGUUAAGCAGUUAAGCACCUGUCUCAUAAGAACCAUCUAAGCAAAAAUCUCAAUGCAACUUCUUAUUUUAAGAAUGUAGAGUUCAUUCAAGUUUGAUACAGUACAUUGCAUGCGAUACAAAAGUAACAGAAACUAGCCAGAACACCGGUAGUGUUGUAAGACCACAAUACUGUUCUAUCAAUACAUCCAUAGCAGUGCAACAUAUUUGACGGUGUGUACAAGUUAACCAUGUAGAGCAGGGCACUCUAAAGCUGGUAGACAGCGCAGUAUCACACCCGUACCCACCAAUACAAGUUGUUUUCUUCAGACAAAAAUUAAGAACGUGAUUGAGAAAUUGGUAGCUCAAUUUCACAGUAAACACUAUUUAUAGAAAAACCUAUGGAGGCUAACUUGAAAAAACCUGGGUUCAUAUAUACGGGUUUUUACUGUACCUGAAAUAAACUUGUUCAAAGACAAACUUACCACGCCCCUGUGUUUGUUCCUUUGCAUCUUGUGAGAUUUCAGGCUAAUUUACAGCUGUUUAGGUCGUUUUUAGUUCUCCUGCUUUGCCCUUGAAAUAAAGAUCAUAUAGAGGGGCGAUUAAGGUGAAAGAAGAAUAUAAAAAGUAGCUAAACGACUGUGAAUCAGGCUAAAAAAAACUCACAGAAUGCAAAGAGAAGUACCAAGAGGUUAAUUUGUUGCUGAACAAAAGAGAGACCGCGAAGCGCAUUUGUGAUACCAUGUUUUAAUGAUCAAGAUGAGAAUAGACAGUGGAAUUUUUCUUUAAAAUUCGAUUUGUAUAAUCAGUCUCGAACAAACAAAUAUUUCAGGGAAAUUGAAGUUAACGACAUCAGGAAUAGCCUCUCACUUGUACAAAAUGCACAAAACCUUGAUGCCACAAUCUGAAGGGUGCAAACGAGAUAUUAUUUUUCGAUAACUAAGACGGUAGCUUUUAAAACAAAACAAAACCGGAAAGAAUGCAAACAUUACUAACAAUUUUAAGAACCUUUUUAAUGCUUUUACAUGCAUGUUUGCGUCUCAUUAGUCACCAACAUGAUAAUUUUCCUGAGUGAUCAUACUGUAGAGCUGCACACUGGGCUUCAGAGUUCACGACCCUCAGAGGCAAUAGGGCGUUAGUCAGCAUACUGAGAAAAUUUCCAUCAGAUAGACGAUCUUGGCUGAGGUCCAAAACUAAUUUCCGAACUUUAAAAAAACGUUUACCACAAAAAAGCAAGGAGAACAUGUAGACAAACUUCUAAUUCAUCAUCGAACUAUUAUCAUAGAAAACUGCAAAUUUCUUCCAGUUGCAAGACGGUGGCUGUCAACUAAUAAAUGGGAGUGAGAUAAUUUCCACAGUUUCUGUAACGUGAUAUCUUUAUGGUUAUUAUGCGAUUGUGGGACAUAUGUAAGAUUGUUUACAGAUAUGACACAUGUUUGGGUCCAGCUCAAACUACUGAUUGCUCUUUAUUUCCCAUAUUUCAGCUGAAGAGCCUGGCAAUUUUGACAGUGUGAUCAUUAAUGAUGAUCUCGAAAAAGCCUACGUCGAUUUAAAGAAUAGGAUUCACAAGGUAAGAGACUUGCCUUAAUGCUAAGCAAAGGAGCAUCAGUAAAACAUGUCCCAGAACUUGAAGGAAGGCACUAUACAUGAUUUCUAGUUUCCAUCCAUGUUUUGCGGACAGAAAAAUCCAUCAGCAAAUUCGUCAGUAUCAGUUUGCUUGGUAUCUGUGAUCAAAAGAAGUUGUCCAUAGGCCACAAACCACAGCGGAAGACCUCAAACCCCAACACUUUAAUGAGUACUCGUUUCCAAGUAAAUCACAGAUCUUGAAGAGAGAUAAACAACGCUCUAAAUGGGAUACAAAAUUUUUAGGCAUUCGUAUCGGAAAAUUAGCGUGCACUUAGACAUUUUAUUUCGGUGAGAGUGCUUUUUAGGAGGGUCAAAUAAUUGGUAUUUAUUGUGCUCUUAAGUCCUAUAAUUUUGGUCCAUAAAUGUAUUCUUUUUAUUUUUCAUUCAGGAUGUUGUUUCCCUCUGGUAGUCUGUCUCGUACUGGAUGGUAACAGCACAGAAUUAAAUUUCCAACUGUAUUAUGAUUAUUCAUUUAAAAUUUCGUCACAAUAGUUGCAUCGUAUUAAAGUAGAGAGUUUUUCUUGGCUCUAAAAACUUAAAGAAUUAGCGAAAGUGAAGAAGUCAGGGUCUCAAUAUACAUAGCUAAAUCAUGUCGGAAUAUUUUUCCCGAAAGAUCUAGAGUUAAGCUAGUAAGCUUGGCUUGUAGUUCUCUCUGAAAAACUUAACUUUAUUGCCUCGUAUCUUUGUUUUCUUUAUUUGCUGUAUUUUUAAAUAAAAAACUUUAAGUUUGUCGAAUUUUUUUUGCCAAUUGUUUUGCUUGUGAUUUAGACAAGUUUAUUAUUGCUUCUAGAAAAAUGCAAACUGUUCAUCUCGUUAGUGAGAACCAAUGUGCAGUCAACUCCCAUAUAUUAAGGAGGUCUGCUGUCCACAUAAGUGCAACGUUCAUGUAAUGUUAACUGAUAGUAGCAAAUAUGAUUAUGACGAUGUUGAUGAAGAAGAUGAUAGGAAUAAUGAUGAGGCAAUGAUAUAAUGACGAUAAUGGUAACAUUAACAAUAAUAAUAUUACAUGUAAUAACAAUAAUAGCAACAAUCACAUGAUCUCUCUCAGGGCUUCUUUGCGAGUCUUUUCAGCUCCGUUUUGUUCCUCUUGGCAGCUCAUUUUAUACACCUUAACUGUCAGCGUUGCUUUGAUCAAACAGAUAUUUCGUGUAACAAUACGAUGCGUAACAGUCGUUUUAUGCUAAUUGUGGAAAGUUAAAUCGCAGGUUAGUUAAAAUUUAUUGCUUGCACCCAAUUAAACGAGUGAUUAAAUUACUAGUUAUCAUAGUCGAUUAGGAAGUUCAAUUUAAAUUUCAUGAAGUUUUUAGUUUUUUGGCCCUUUUAAAUGUGUGAUUUACUUCUUAUCUUCAGUAGCAGUGGUGGCAAAAUAAUGAUUAUAAAGGUGUGGUUUCAGUCCGGUAGGUUAGGUCAUUCCAAUAAUAAUUCGUGGAUGUGGUGUAGUUUUCCUAAGUCGCUAUUCAUUUUAUAGACUUUAAUCUCGUUAACAGUUACAAUAUGGAAACUGACCGCUCUCGAGGCUGAAGGUGACGCUCCAGGAUAUAUAAAGUUAGUCGUGCAACGUAUGUUCGGUUCAAUUUGUUGUCAUUCGGGAUGAUUUGAACGCUUGUGACUGUUGAUUCGGACUCCUUCAUCAUAUCACAAUCAUUCACAUUUUGUUAUUUUAUGUAAUGUGUAUCAAUUCUUACUAAGCUUAUGGCUAAGUAAGUAAUUUCUCCUCAGUCCUUAAAUAAAUCACCAAACGGUUAUUCAUUUCCUAAGGAAAAUUGAAACAUUACCAUUCAUAAUCGUAUGUCCAUGAACUUUCGUUCCGAAGGCGGAAAACAGCUAAACGUAAGGCCUUCAAGUCUACGAGACA